AUGGCUCAUUUCUUCAAAGAGAGCAGUGCUUGUCCCUUCUGCCAGCGUUAUCUGGAAAGACCGAUGAAUUUGAAAUGCGGAUACAUCUGCUGCCUCCGGUGCAUUGACUCACUAGAGAAGAGUCCCAAGACGGGGGCCAUACGGUGCCCCAAUUGCUCCGUUGUCUCUUUGAAGGAAGACAUUCUACCUGCUUUGCUGCUGGGUCGCCUGACUGCCAAGAUAAAAGAGCUAGAGCCACAGCUGAAUCAUAUUCUAAAAAUGAACCCCAGGAUGAAGAUAUUUCAAGUAAACAUGACCUUUGAUGUGGACACAGCCCACAACAGACUCAUCAUCUCUGAUGACCUAAGGAGUGUCUACUUUGGAUCUAAGCAGCAGGACCGGAAAGAGUGUGCAGAGAGAUUCCAGAUCUCCACCUGCGUCCUGGGCUCCUCACGGUUCACCUCCGGCCGCCAUUACUGGGAGGUAGUGGUGGGAACCAGCAAAGAAUGGGAUAUCGGCGUUUGCAAAGAGUCAGUUAAUCGACAAGUUCCUGUCCCCCUGUCGGACGAAGAGGGAUUCUGGACUGUGGGUGUGAGAGACGGAGACCUCUAUGCCGCCAGCACUGAACCCUUGACUGUGCUCACCGUGAACCCUCGGUUGCACAGAGUGGGGAUUUUCCUUGACCUACAAGAAAAGAGCAUUUCCUUUUGGGACCUUAGCGAUGGUUCCCACAUCUAUACAUUCUUUAAAAUUUCUGAAUCAGAUGCAUAUCGCCCACUCUUUAUUCCAUCAAAUUCACAUCCAGAUGAUCAAGAAGAAAUCCUCACAAUCUGUCCUGUGACACAUCCAGGCAUUUUUGGGCCUCCAGUUAACCCCUAA